UUUGGUGGACACAUAUCUGGGAGACGCCUUAGAGGUGUGAAAAUAAAUCCUAUUUUCCAUGACCCAGAACACUACUACUCAGGAGUUGGUGCCUCUGCAGCUAGCAGGCAUCCUGAUGAGCAGAACCAGUCCCAGAUUCACAUUGAUGUCUAUGAAAGCCUCCCAAGACCUUCCAGACGUGCACGACUCAAACGCCAGGUUCAUUCAGACCCUGAUCUUAUAGAUCUUGAAAGCAGUUCGCAAGUCUACCAUAGUAAGAGAACUUGCUCAUAUCUCAAUAAGAAGCUAGGCAGCUAUUCUGACACCACUGUACCAACCAUGAAAGAUAACCUGGAAACAGAAACAAAAAGGCGGACAUUGUGAAAUACCAAGGCUUGGAAGGAGGAAUGAAGCCAUUUCCAGAGUCAAAAGAAAUGAACAAGGAGAGAGUGAGAAUGACUGAAGAUGAAGCCAUUGCAACUGUGGAUUCAGGAAAAGAGUCUGAUGAUAUUGACGCAGCAGUUAGUGGAAGUCCCACAAGGAGAUUAAGUGACUCCUCUAUGAUAGUGUAUGAGGAUGUAGACCAAACAUCAUUCCCUAUGUUGUCUUCAGUCAUAUCACACAUGUCCUCAUACACUGAUGACCCAUCUAGUGCUGAUGUGCAAGAAAAUGUUCUGUUCUAUAUGAGUGAUGCUGAAAGUCCAUUGAGUGACCUUAUGUCCAUUCCAAGUCAAACACCAGGGGCAGCUUGGACGGGAAUUAAUGAUCUUGCAAUACAGUCAGAUUCAGAAGAACAAGAAGAGUCUCAAUAUUUGCCAAAAGUUCCACUACCAGAACCACUUUCAAAACCUUUGAGACCCAUUCUCCUUUCAUCAACAUCAAAUGAUGAUUCAAAUCAGACUCAUAAAAGUCAACAUCUUGCAUCUUCAGAGCACAAAACAGUGACCUUUGCCAAAGAUACAGUAUUCAAUGAAGAUAAGCCUAAAAGAUACCAAAAGGAAAAGAUCAAUUUGAAAGAGUUGUACCAUGAACGUGUGUGUGGCAAAACUGGGAUGGGGAUGGUAAACCCAGUAUUUGUUAUCAGUGAUGAGAAACUGGCACUGCCAGAGACCAGUUCAGAUUGUCUUACAGACGAUGAAAAGGCCAAGAGGCAUUCAUUUAGGAUCAAUCUUGUGAGCGAACAUCCCUCGAGGACAGAAAAUGCUUCCUUCAGCUCAGAUAACUCCUCACCUUCUUCGAAGGUUCCUGAUCUAAACACACCAGCAUAUCUGAAGAAAUAUCUUGACCAAGCCAGGGAGACAACUCUGCCAGUAAUUACCACCUCUGGGGAGACAUCAGCAUCCCAUGCUGCUGUGCCCAACACGAUGUCUGACAUCAAUGACUCCAGUGAUGUUAUACUUGAGCUCCCAGAAGAUACUUAUGGAAGAAGUGAAAGGAAGAAGAAGUCUUGCAGAAGGAAAGCCAUUCGAUGGACAGUGUUCAUACUCUCUAUACUUGUUCUCAUAGCGGGUGCAGUUGGUCUGGGAGUAUAUUUAUCACAGAGCCCCAGUGGUGACUCUAGUGAAGGCACAACCAUCAUGUCUAUUGGUGUUUGAGAAUGGAAUGGAUCCAGUUGUGUUCAGAGUGGCUCCAGCUUGGUUGUAUGGAACUGAUAUUUCUGAGACAACUACAACUAUGAUCAAGCACAUGACCCACCGCAAACGUUGUGUUCAUUCUCUAUAAUUAUAUAUCUUAUAGGAAACUUUGUCUUUGGUAAACUCCAGUCUCUGGUCUUAAAACAGAACAAUACCUUGAAAUCAUGUAUGUACAUUGAUAAGAAAAGAGUUAAGCUUCUUGGCCUUUUAAGAUUUGGAAUUCCAGGUCUGACAGAAAUUCUUUGUAUGGUCAUCAGCUGUUCAGCAGUUCAGAUUACAUCUAAUGUGGUAGAGGCAACAUGCAGCAUGACAAUACUAUAGGCCUUGAUACAUUGAACUUGUUUUCUUCUGUGAAAUAUGUAUUUUAUGUCAAAGGUGAAGUGACAGUGGUGUAAAUAUGUUUGUUUGUUGUUUAACUCUGCACUCAGAAAUUGUCCAGCUAUAUGACAGUGGUUUGUCAAUAAUCAAGUUUGGAGCAGACAAUCCAGUGAUUUAUUUCAUUUCAUAGUGUACAAACUGACAAUAAUAACAGUUCCUAUUUUCAGUUUACACAUACCAGCUGUGAUGCAUUAAUGCAAUGUGAUAUAAUGGCUUCAGAUAAAAAAUUAUGACAGUGCUCUGUAAUAUUAGAUUCUGAUGUUUAUAAAAUUGUAAAAUGCAUCAAAUGCUUGAUAAAGAAUCAAUAAUGUAAAAAAAACA